AUGUUCGCCGCUCGCUCAGCCCCUCGCGUCCUCAAUGGCGCCCGCGCCUUCUCGACCUCGCCCGCCCACUCGCUGGCCCGCAUGCAACUCAUCGGCCGUCUCGCCGAUCAGCCCGAGCUCACUCCCACAUCCACUGGUCGCGAGAUGGUGCGGUACGCUCUGGGUGUCAAGAGUGGCCCCAAGAACGAGAACGGCGAGAGAGCAACCAGCUGGUUCAGAGUCGCCAGUUUCACCGAUGGCCCCGGCAGAGAUCUGCUCCUGAGCUUGCCCAAGGGUACGCUCAUGUACCUCGAGGCCGAUGCUCGCAUGGACACUUUCCAGGCUCAGGACGGUUCCAACCAGACCCGUCUCAACCUUGUUCAGCGUCAAUUCGAGGCUCUUAGCCGUCCUCAAAACCGCAACUCCGAAUCCGACAGAAGCGCCGCCGAAGAGCCCGGCAGCGGCCUUGGUGCCUCCUAG